AUGGGCUCCACUGAAGAAGCCACGAACCCAGUAGACAACAUUGUCGAACGGAAACAAUGCAUUAUAGAUCGUAUCGACGCGAUCCAGAAAAAGAAACAAGUAUUGCUGGAGAAGCUUAAGAUGUUGAAAGAGAUGGGAAAGCCGGAUAUGGUGCAAUUAUGUCUGAGCGCUUACGAUACGCUUGACGAGCAGGAAAAAUCGUACAUGGAAUUGUUGGUUGAUGUAGUGGAAAUUCAUCAAAAUGCGACCGAGGACUUUGCAAAGGAGCCGUUGCCAUUGAUGGUUGAAUCAAAGGACGAUGAUAAUUUAAACCUGUCGAUCGAAGAAAUGAAGCAACAAAUCGCCGACAUUCAACAGAAAACGAUCGAUGCGGCCAUUUAUCAACAAAAACUUCAGAAGGAAUUAGGGUCCCAGCGCGAUAAUCAAUCCUCAUUCAGCCAAAUACAAAGCAAGCUGAACAAAGAUUCAAAGGAAAAUGCGAGAUCGGCCUAUAAAGAUUUGGAAUCGAUGAAAGUUAGAGUAUUCGGAGAGCGCCAAGAAAACGACAGAAAACAAAAGCAGCUGGAGCGGAUGCGGAAGAAGAUCUCGGAGAAGGAGGAGAAGGGAGAAGCUGAGGAGAAGCCGGUUGAAGCCGAGGAUGGAGACAAAUCGGCCGAGGAUUUGGUGAAGGAGAGGAGGAAGCACGUCGAGGAAUUGGUCAAGGUUCAGAGGGAACAACAAAGCAAAGUGUCGGAUCGUCUUCGUUCCGGGCUGGAGGCCCUCGGCGAGCGCCGCAAGCAGAUGGAGACCAUCCACAAUAUGCUCGAGCGCAUCAAGCAGUUGGAUAAGGAAAUCAGCGAGGCCCCGAGUACUUCCACGACUGAUGUUGGGAGCUUCAAUGUGGAUAAAGAUAUCGAUCCGAUGGAACAACUCGAAAAUACGUACGCCGAUGCUCAAAGCAAGUUAAUGAAUCUCUCCUCCAUCCGCGAACGCCUUGAACAAUAUCAACAAAGCAUUAAGGAUAAACAAAACGAAAAUGCCGAAGAAGCCGAGCAGGCGGCAAAAUUCCUCGAUUCCCUCUCAAUUUCCAACGACGAGCCCCAGAAAGACGAUGAACUCACGUCGGUGGUGCGGAAUCUUUUUGAGGACUCUAUGGCAAGUCAGCGCUCCACCGUUAAAGACACGUACGCCAACGAGUUCGCCAAGAUCCACCGUACGCUCGCGGAGCACAGCGUAGCCCUGGCCGAGAUUCGGCAAAAGCUACUCCAGCCCGAGCCAAUCGACUCUCUUUCCGAGACGAUCCGCUCUCGUCCUCCCCAUGCUCUCAGGGCAUUUUCCGCGAUACUCCUACGUCUGGCUGACGGGCAUCAGGUUCCGAAGCUGGCCAAUUAUGUAGAUUCAUUUCUGCGUGGUUCUGAGGAGAGCUCCUCGGUUGACGAAGACGAAGAUGAGAACGAGGAAGACGAUGAAGAUGAAGAUGAGAUGAUCGGAUCUCUUAUUCUAGCCAAUCCACAGAUAGUCGAAGCAGCCCGAAAAGAGCUGGCCUCUCCCCAAGAAAAGGAGAGAAAAGAAAGAACCCUCAAUCGAGUACGCCUACAACUUGACGAGAAGGAGAAUGAGGAGCACGAGCCGGACACGGCUGGAAUUGAGGCGAUCAUGGCGAUUGUUUGCUCGCAAAUCAGACAGUUGAUGGGGUCGAUGGAGGAGGUUGAUGCUGAGGGGAUUGAGAGGAUUUCCACGACAAUCCUAUCGACAAUCCUCCAAUGGUCCUCAUCAACGUUAUCAAAAAAGAUCUCAGAAGACAUCAGAAUGCAACUUGAGCCGCUAAUUACCGAUAGUCUGGCCGAAUUCACCGGACAACCAGCAAACACAUGCGCCGAAAAUCUGCUCUACGUUUUGUCGGAAAUGGUCUACAAUGAAUUGGCUUUUUACAAAUUGCUGCACUCGUUGCAUAAUUUGACCGAUUCGCCUAAUGAA